AUGCUCGAAGCAAAACAGAUCGGCGUUCGUGGACUAUCGUGCUAUGGUUUUCGACUUUUGGAUGGAUCAUUCUUGUACGGUCCGAUUGCUCUAUUUCCGAAGACUGCUCUCUCCUGGCGUGUUCCAACUCCAGAAGAUAUCACACCCCGAUCAUUGUUUCUUUUUGCUGCUCUCGAACCUAAAAUCGACAUUCUUGUGCUGGGUGUGGGUGAUAAGAAGAACAUUGAUAAAGUUCGUGCAAAGGUGGCACCAUUCCUUCGUGAGCACAAAAUUGGCUUAGAGAUUAUGGAUACGGAAGAUGCUAUUGCCACGUUCAACUUCUUGAACGCAGAAGGAAGGUAUGUAGGAGCUGCUCUCUAUCCACCUGAUGACAUGGUUGUGACUGACAAAGAAUACGGUAGAGCAUUGGCGCUCCUCAAAGGAUGGGAUACUGUUGAGGAGAAUCCUCUUCUACUCGGACUGAAUGACACAAUCAAUCAAGCAGAGGAUCUAGUAAAACGAUUGUGGAGUGGAGAUGAGAAGAGUUGGCAAUCUGCAAGGCAGAAGGUUCUCGAGUCACCAUCUCAGCGGGAACAACGAAUGCAAUUAGAAGUGGAAGAUAAGGAGAAGAAACUACGUAUCGAGUGA